UUUGUUUCUUUCUAAAUAAACAUACAAGACAAAUUCCUUCACCACCAGAAUUAAAGGAUCUCCAUUACUCUCGCUUUUCUCUAUAUUUAUAUUUAACCAAACAAAUAUCACUCUUUUCUCUCUUCUUCUUUUACAUCGUUUUUCUCUCAAUCACCAUAAUGGAUUCAUCAUCUUCUUUACACAUAGCAAUGUACCCAUGGUUUGCCAUGGGCCAUCAAACUGCAUUCUUUCACCUAGCUAACCAACUAGCAAAAAAAGGCCACAAAAUCACUUUUCUCACACCUAAAUCAUCACAAUCCAAAUUAGAACCACAUAAUCUCCAUCCCCAGUUAAUCACUUUUGUCACAAUAACAGUUCCUCACGUUGAAGGCCUUCCUCCCAAUGCAGAAACAACCGCUGAUGUUCCAUACCCUUUACAACCACACAUCAUGACAGCCAUGGACCUAACACAACCCGACAUCGAAACUCAUCUCACUAAUCUCAAACCUCACAUUGUUUUCUACGAUUUCACGCAUUGGAUUCCAUCUCUAACCAAACGUUUAGGCAUCAAAGCUCUUCAUUAUUGCACCGGUAGUUCGGUUAUGGUUGGCUAUACUUUAACACCAGCUAGAUUUUUAAAACAAAAUUUAACCGAAUUUGAUCUCAUGGAACCACCUUCUGGUUACCCUGAUUCAUCUAUAAAACUUUAUAUCAAUGAAGCUAAACUCUUUGCCGCUAAGAGGACAGAACUUUUUGGAGGCAAUGUUCUUUUCUAUGAUCGACAAGCCAUUGCUAUGAAUGAAGCUGAUGCAUUGGGAUACAGAACUUGUAGAGAAAUUGAAGGACCUUAUCUUGAUUACAUACAGAAACAGUUUAAUAAACCGGUUCUUACUUCAGGACCUGUUAUAUUUCAAAACUCAAAUUCUACUUUGGAUGAAAAUUGGUCUACUUGGCUUGGCGGAUUCAAAACAGAUUCAGUUGUUUAUUGUUGUUUUGGAAGUGAAUGUGUUUUAAGGCCAAAUCAAUUUCAACAAGUUAUGCUUGGUCUAGAGUUAACUGGCAUGCCAUUUUUUGCAGCUUUGAAACCACCUUUUGGUUUUGUAACUAUAGAAGAAGCAUUACCAGAAGGGUUUGCAGAAAGGAUUAAAGGAAGAGGUGUUGUUUAUGGUGGUUGGGUUCAACAACAACUAAUUCUGGAACAUUCUUCUGUGGGAUGUUUCAUUACACAUUGUGGUUCAGGUUCUUUGUCUGAGGCAUUGGUGAAUAAAUGUCAAUUGGUUUUGUUGCCAAACGUUGGUGAUCAGAUAUUGAAUGCUAGGAUGAUGGGAAAUAGCUUGAAAGUUGGUGUGGAAGUUGAGAAAGGUGAAGAUGGAAUGUAUACUAAAGAUGGUGUUUGUAAAGCUGUAAGAAUUGUGAUGGAUGAUGAAAAUGAAAGCAGUAAGAAAGUGAGGGCUAAUCAUGCUAAGGUUAGAGAGAUGUUGCUUAAUAAAGAUCUUGAAUCAUCUUAUAUUGAUGAUUUCUGCAACAAGCUUCAAGAAAUUGUCUUGGAAAAGAGUUGAGCCAUCUUUAUGCAGUUUAACAGUUUAAUUUAGUCAUUACCAAUUUAAGUAUGAGAGUCUCUUUUGGAUUUUUGUCUCCUUUUUGAUAUGUAUGUUUGUAUGGUCAUUCACCAUCAACAUGAAUUGAAUCUUAGUAUUAGACACAUUUGUUGUGUGUUUGCAAAAUGUCCCAAUAUGAAACAUGUACAAGUGUUCUUUUAAAUACAUUUAUAAGGGCAGA